CUGUAGCUAGCGAAUGAAUUGCUUUAGUAGCUAGCCAGUCUCUUUCAUAAUAAACAAUAGAACUACACUAGCGUAAUUUCUGUAAAACGUUUUUGAAAAGCGCAUCUGCCAUUAAUCGGCGGUGAAGAACCAGAAGGCCGAUUUAAAUUAAAAAAAGAAAUUUGGUAACAAUGUCUGAGACUGAAAACGGCGUGGAGCCGCGGGAAGAGCAAGCCGCUGAACUUGAAGAAACUGGAGGGGUGGAGGAGAAGGAUGAUGCCUCAGAGGCCAGUAAGGAAGAGUCUUCCGAAGACCCCUCUUCAUCCAUUGCGCCUGCCUACGAAGAGAAAGUGGCAUCAGACCGGACCAACCGAUUUGAGUACCUACUUAAGCAGACAGAGGUGUUUGCCCAUUUCAUCCAACCGGCGGCCCAGAAAACCCCAACCUCCCCGCUCAAGAUGAAGCCUGGACGCCCACGUGUCAAGAAGGAUGAGAAACAGAACUUGCUCUCGGCGGGAGAUAACCGUCAUCGUCGCACAGAGCAGGAAGAAGAUGAAGAGCUGCUCAGCGAGAGCAGCAAGACCACCGCUGUCUGCACACGCUUCGACGAAUCCCCCUCCUAUGUCAAGGGGGGUACGAUGAGAGACUACCAGAUCCGCGGUCUUAACUGGCUUAUAUCGCUCUAUGAGAAUGGAAUCAACGGAAUCCUCGCUGAUGAAAUGGGUUUGGGUAAGACCCUGCAGACCAUCUCUCUGCUGGGGUACAUGAAGCACUACCGGAGCAUCCCCGGGCCCCACAUGGUGCUGGUGCCCAAGUCCACCCUGUACAACUGGAUGAACGAGUUCAAGCGCUGGGUGCCCUCCCUCCGAGCGGUGUGCCUCAUCGGAGACCGGGAGCAGAGGAAUGCCAUGAUCAGAGAUGUUAUGUUGCCCGGGGAGUGGGAUGUGUGCGUCACCUCCUACGAGAUGCUCAUCAUCGAGAAGGCAGUGUUCAAGAAGUUCAACUGGAGAUAUCUGGUCAUUGACGAGGCCCACAGGAUCAAGAACGAGAAGUCAAAGCUGUCUGAGAUAGUGCGCGAGUUCAAGACCACCAACCGUCUGCUGCUGACUGGAACGCCUCUGCAGAACAACCUCCACGAGCUCUGGGCCCUGCUCAACUUCCUGUUGCCAGACGUCUUCAACUCCUCAGAGGACUUUGACUCUUGGUUUGACACAAACAACUGCCUGGGCGAUCAGAAGUUGGUGGAGCGUCUUCACACUGUACUGCGUCCUUUCCUGCUGCGUCGUAUCAAAAACGAAGUGGAGAAGUCCCUGCUGCCUAAGAAAGAGAUCAAGAUGUACGUGGGCCUGAGCAAGAUGCAGCGAGAAUGGUACACGAAGAUCCUGAUGAAGGACAUAGACAUCCUGAACUCUGCGGGGAAGAUGGACAAGAUGAGGCUGCUCAACGUUCUGAUGCAGCUGAGGAAGUGCUGCAACCACCCGUACCUCUUCGACGGGGCCGAGCCCGGCCCGCCCUACACCACCGACCUGCACCUGGCGGUCAACAGCGGCAAGAUGGCCGUGCUCGACAAGCUGCUGCCCAAGAUGAAGGCCCAGGGCUCCCGGGUGUUGAUCUUCAGCCAGAUGACCAGGAUGCUGGACAUCUUGGAGGACUACUGCAUGUGGCGUAACUAUGGCUACUGUCGCCUGGACGGACAGACGCCCCACGAAGAGAGACAGAUCUCCAUCAACGCGUACAACGAGGAGAACAGUACGAAGUUCAUCUUCAUGCUGAGCACCAGGGCCGGAGGUCUGGGCAUUAACCUGGCCACAGCCGACGUGGUUAUCCUCUACGACUCUGACUGGAACCCUCAGGUUGACCUGCAGGCCAUGGACCGAGCUCACAGGAUUGGUCAAAAGAAGCAGGUGCGUGUGUUCCGAUUCAUCACGGAGAACACGGUGGAGGAGAGGAUCGUGGAGCGGGCAGAGAUGAAGCUACAACUGGACUCAAUCGUCAUCCAGCAAGGAAGGCUAGUGGAUCCCAAUGCCAACAAACUGGGUAAGGACGAGAUGUUGUCCAUCAUCCGGCACGGCGCCACGCACGUCUUCGCCUCCAAGGAGAGUGAAAUCACGGAUGACGACAUUGACGAGAUUCUGGAGCGCGGCGAGAAAAAGACCAUGGAGAUGAAGGAGAAGAUGAACACCAUGGGCGAGAGCUCCCUGAGGAACUUCACCAUGGAGUCGGAGGGCAGCGUGUACACCUUCGAAGGGGAGGACUACCGGGAGAAGAAGAAGGUGAUCACCAACUGGAUCGAGCCCCCCAAGAGGGAGAGGAAGGCCAACUACGCCGUGGACGCCUACUUCAGAGAGGCCCUGCGCGUCAGCGAGCCCAAAGCACCCAAGGCUCCUCGUCCUCCUAAGCAGCCCAAUGUACAGGACUUCCAGUUCUUCCCCCCAAGGCUGUUUGAACUUUUGGAGAAAGAGAUCCUGUUCUACAGGAAGACCAUCGGCUACAAGGUCCCUCGUAAUCCCGAGCUGCCCAACUCGGCCCAGCACCAGAAGGAAGAGCAGGCCAAGAUCGACGAGGCUGAGGCCCUCACAGAGGAGGAGCUGGAGGAGAAGGAGAACCUCCUUUCCCAGGGCUUCACCAUUUGGAACAAGCGUGACUUUAACCAGUUCAUCAAAGCAAACGAGAAGUGGGGCAGAGAUGACAUUGAGAACAUCGCCAGGGAGGUGGAGGGGAAAACCCCAGAGGAGGUCAUGGAGUAUUCAGCUGUGUUCUGGGAGCGCUGCAAUGAACUGCAGGACAUCGAGAAGAUCAUGGCUCAAAUCGAGAGAGGAGAGGCCCGCAUCCAGAGAAGAAUCAGCAUCAAGAAGGCCCUGGACUCAAAGAUUGGUCGCUACAAGGCCCCGUUCCACCAGUUGCGGAUCUCCUACGGCACCAACAAGGGGAAGAACUACACCGAGGAGGAGGACCGCUUCCUCAUCUGCAUGCUCCACAAGCUGGGCUUCGAGAAGGAGUCCGUCUACGACGAGCUGCGUCAGUGCAUCCGCAACUCGCCGCAGUUCCGCUUCGACUGGUUCCUCAAGUCCCGGACAGCCAUGGAGCUACAGAGGAGGUGCAACACCUUAAUCACGCUAAUCGAGCGAGAAAACAUGGAGCUGGAGGAACGAGAGAAGGCAGAGAAGAAGAAAAAAGGGCCACGGAGUCAGUCUUCGGCUCAAAAACGCAAGAGUGACGGGACACCGGACCAGCGAGGAGGACGGAGGAAAAAACUAAAGCUGUGAGGAGGAAGAUGAUGAGGAAGAGGGCAGCGACAGUGUAGUAGUCGUAGUGUCUGUGAUACAUGAUAAUGAUGUACUGUACAAAACCCAAAGGACUGAGCUUUCCUUCACUAUAGCAUGUCUUUUCGAUCUAGAAAGUUCCAGGGGGGAACGUACGGUCUAGGUUCGUAGUACUUGUAUUCGCGGGCCUGGGUUGUAGUGUCGUACUCAUACACUGCAGAUGUGCUGGUUAUGAUUUGUUUUCUACCUUAUUCUUUUAUUUUUAUUUUUUACUAGUACUUCAGGUGAUGUGAGAAUUGUAUUUAUGUCUGUCGGUUGUCGUACGACAUUCCAUUGCUUUUGACAAUACCUGUAUGAUCCAAACUGAACCCCUUUUAUUUGAAAGCACCUCUGUUGUUACUUUACCGAUCUGCAUUGUAGAAAAUGUCUUUUAAACAGGUCACUAAUAAAUAACCCUUUUUUUU